UCAACAUGGCGGAUUUUUAGUGCUACUUAGCGUUUUUCAAACUCUUACAAGUUUUGUCUGUUUAAAAUGGCAGAAUUCCCUGACUUGGGAAAGCAGUGUGAUGUUGAGAUUUGUAAGCAACUUGAACUGUUUCGGCCUUCUGGGCCUCAUCAGGUUCAUGGCACAGCCAUGGGCUCUAAGAACGCCUGCAGUUAUGCAGAUCUUGCCAUGGAAAAUCAUACAGGUUUUGUUUUUCACAGUCUAGAGCAUCGCUCAAAGUCAUCUCAUGACUGCACUGUUGAGGAUCAGCAAGUUAAGGAAAAUGCAUCAAAGACUUCAGUUUCAGAUGGUCACUUAGAGUGUUCACUGAGUGAGUGCAACUGUCGGGAGUUGGUUCCAGUGUUAUGCAAACAUUGUCACAAAAACUACUGCCUCAGGCAUAGGCAUCAGGUUGAUCACCAUUGCCCAGGUCUUCCUCAGAAACAGCCCAGAGUGACUCCUGAGCAAAGAAUACAACAAAUCAUUGGUACAUCCCAUGAUUUUUUCUCCAUAAUUACUGUGAUUUUUGCCUCUAUGACACUGUUUGAAAGUGACAUCCAGGAAGAGCCGAAGGGACAUCAUUUUAUGAACCACGUUUUGUCUGACUCCAUGGCUUUAGCCCAGGCCCAUAGACUGUCUAUCCGUCACUUGAGAUUUCAACACCUCCAAAGUCACUGUAACAAAGGAAAAGAUCUUUGCAAAGAAAAGAAGGGUCGUGGGGGUGUGAGAAAUGAAAGCCGGGCUGCCAAAGUGGCCUUGAUGAAGAUCAAGAUGAAAGCUUCAGGAGAUGGUUCAAUUCCUCAGGAGGAGAGAAUCUAUCUCAGAGUUCUCAUGCCUCUUGGUAAUAAAGAACGAGAACAUCCAAUGUUCUUCUCAAAGUAUUGGACGGUGGGAAAAGUCAUAGACAAAAUUGCGGUCACUGCAAGACUGAAAAAUGAUAAUAACAAGGCAGAGUCAAAGAAGUUACGACUGUUUCAUGGAAGUUCUGGAGACGUUCUGGACUUGCAACAUCCUUUGGAACACUUUCAAUCGCAAGAUGAUUGUCUAGUUUUAAGUGGAAGCACGGUUGUUUUAGAAUACGUGGAUGAACAAUGCACUCAACUGCUUACAAAUCGAGACAAAUAUCCCACGUGAACACAAUAAUAAGUUUCUAAAACUUUCAAUCUCUUCGCUCACCUAUCGCUUCAAUCGUGUUCUUACGCCCUUCUAGAAUUCUCAGUUGAGAUCGAUGGAAUACUAACUCGACGUUAAGAAGG